AUGAAAAUUGAUCGAUCGAAAUUAAAAAAAUAUCUACCGGAACCACCGGCUGAUUGUAAAUUAUUUAUUGAUAAACUAAAAAGUUGUGAUCGAAAAGAACUUCAUGACCUAUUAAAACCAAUUACUAUUUGGCAUAUUGGAAAAUGUGAACUAUAUCAUUGGAUUGAUGCAUUGGAUUUAUUCGAUUCAAUUCUAGAAGAAGCUUGUAUAAAAACGGGUACAUGGAUGCUCAAUUGUGACAAACCAGAAAAUGGAGAGUUAAAAAUGUUAGUACUUGAUAUUCUUCAUUUUACUGCAUUAUUAAUUGAACAUUCAUAUUCUCGUCAUUUAUAUAAUUCAAUUGAAUAUUUAAUUAUACUAUUACAAUCAUCUGAUGUACAUAUUGUACUUGGUGUUUUAUCACUUCUAUAUGUAUUCAGUAAACGUUCAAAUUUUAUAACAAGACUUCAAAUUGAUAAAAAACAAGCAUUAAUUGGUCGACUUAUUUACUUAGCUGAAACUUGGGGUGGACGAGAGAAUGGUUUCGAUUUAGCUCGUUGUUGUAGUGUUCGAAAUCCAUCAGAUUUUCCUGAACAUGCAACAAAUCUACAUUUUGCAUAUACAGUACCGUCGGAAUCAACAACAACUAGUGGACCAACAUUGCAUAUUUCAAAACAAAUCGAUAUUCCAAAUGUUCAUUUAGCUGGAGUUAAUGCUGCUGCCGUAAUGGAAAUGGUUCUUGCUGAACAUCCAUUACCGGAAGAUAAACAAAUAAAAUUAUUUACACAUCUUCGUUUAGCUUAUGCAUUUCCAUCAUUUGAUCAACGUUUAUUAUGUAUUCAAGCACGAUUACAAGCCUUAUCUAUUCUUAUUUAUUCUUCAGGAAUGCAAGAAGCAAAUAAUGUUUUAUAUGAUGGUUUAAUUGAAGAACUUGUUGAAGUAUUAAAUGUUCGUGAUCCAACAUUAACAGAUAUAAAAGCUUCAGCAUUAAAAACUUUAACAUCAAUAAUUCAUCUUGAACGAACAACAAAACAUCCACCACGUUUACAAGAAAUAAUUGAAACAACACAAGCAAAUUCAUAUCAUGGAUUUUUACCAGCACUUGUACGACAAUGUAUUGAUAAAUUAACUGAUGAUAGUAAUGAACGAUUUCCUCAAUCAUUAUCAACAGCCUUAUUUUCAUUUCUUUAUCAUUUGGCAUCUUAUGAAACAGGUGGUGAUGCAUUAGUUAAUUGUGGUAUAAUGCAAUCAUUAAUUAAAGUUGUUAAUUAUUAUGAUGAAUCUCAAGAUUUUAUUAUGUUUGUUACACGUGCUGUUCGUGUUAUUGAUUUAAUUACAUCAUUAGAUAUAACAUCAUUUCAAACAAAUAAUGGUUUACAAGCAUUUAUUAAUCGUUUAGAACAUGAAAUAACACAAUGUCGAAAAGAACAACCAUUUAUAAUACGUAUAUCAAAACGUACACAAGGAACACCAACAAUAAAUCUUGAUACACUUCCUCCAUUAUCACCAAGUGCACGUUCAGAUAUAUCUGGUGAACAUCCAACAUUAACAACAACAACAACAACAACAACAAUAACAACACCAAAUCAUUUAUCAAAAGAUAUGGAUACAAGUGAACUUUUAGAUGAAAAUCAUGAAUUAAUGCCAAAUAGUCCAAUACCUGGUUUAACAUGUUAUCAUCAACGUGCUGCAUUACUUAAAUCAAUAUUAAAUUAUUUAAAACGAGCUUUUACUGAAACAACAAUGGCUGAUACAACACGUCAUAUAAUGGAUGGUUCAUUACCAAAUUCAUUAAAACAUAUUAUAAGUAAUGCUGAAUAUUAUGGUCCAUCAUUAUUUCAUUUAGCAACUGAUGUUGUUACAUCAUUUAUAUUUCAAGAACCAUCACAAUUAUCAUCAUUACAAGAUAAUGGUUUAACUGAUGUUUUAAUGCAUGCACUUUUAAAAAAAGAUGUACCUGCAGCACGUGAUGUUUUAGCAUCAUUACCAAAUAUAUUUAGUGCAUUAUGUUUAAAUACACGUGGUUUAGAAACAUUUAUGGAAUAUAAACCAUUUGAUAAAUUAUUUGGUGUUUUAUUAUCACCUGAAUAUUUACCAGCAAUGAGACGACGACGUGGUAAUGAUACACUUUAUGGUACAGCAUCAAGUCUUGGUAAUGCUGUUGAUGAAUUAAUGAGACAUCAAGUUAGUUUACGUACAGAAGCUAUGAAAUCAAUAAUUAAAUUACUUGAACAACUUGUUGAAUUAGGUAAUAAUCCUAAAUAUUGUUGUCAAAAACCACAUUCAUCAUCAUCAUCAUCAUCAACAACAACAACAAAAUUAACAGAUACAAUACGUACACAACAUCGUACUGUACGUACAACAAAUACAACAAAUACAAAUACAGGUGGAAAUGAUAGAAAUUCAUCUGAUGAUGAAUAUGAUGAUGAUGAAGCAACAAAUGAUGAAGCACCAUUAGCUAAUCGUUCAGUACAAUCACAAUCAACAGUACCACCAUCAUCUACAACAACUACAUCUAUAAUAGGAGUAAAUGAAUCACCUCCAACAGCAAUAACAAUAACAGAUAUUCCAAUAAUACUUGAUCAAACAUUAUUAAGUGAAAAAAAAUCUGAUGAUGAAACUAUUCCAAUAGCUGUACCAUUACUUGAUUAUAUAACAAAUAUAAUGCGUUUUGUUGAAGGUGUUAUUAGUAAUAAUACAACUGAUGAUCAUGGUAAAGAAUUUGUUAAAUUAGGAGGUUUAAAACCUUUACUUGAUAUUUUACAAAUGAAAAAUUUACCUAUUGAUUUUCCAUCAAGUCCAGCUUGUCAAUGUGUUGCUGCACUUUGUAAAUCAACAUUGACUCUUUUAGUUAAAGAUAAUAAAUUAAUUGAAAUGGUUAUAACAAAUCUUGAUAUAAUAUUAAAUUCUUUAACUGAUUUUUAUUCAAAUCGUACAUAUGAUGGUUCAUUAUUAAUAGAAGAAUUAGCACGUGCUGUAUCAUCAUCAACAACAACAACAACAACAAUAUCAAUUGAUCCAAUGGAUGCUAUUAAUCAAUCAUCAUUAACACCUAUACUUCAUCAAUUAUCUAUUGUUCAUUCUCAUAUAUCAUUAUUAAUCUCAUUAUGUAAAAUAACACAAAAUGAAGUACGUAGUAUAUUAAUUAGUUUUUGGGGUGCUGAAACAGGUAUACGUGUAUUAAAAAAUUUAAAUAAAUUAUGUUUAACAUUAAUAUGGGAAAGUUCAAUAUUAUUAUCAUUAUGUUCAUCAGAAACAAAUAUAAUUGAUCAACAAUUUAAUAAAAAUGAUUUAUUAAAAUUAUUUCCAUUAAUAAAUGAUUUAACAAAUACAAUAUCACCAUUACAAAAUGUUUCAACACAAUUAAAUGAUUUAACAACAAAUGAAAUGACACGUACAUUUGAUAUUGAUGAAAUUAUGUCAAUGGAUACAAGUGAUUUUACAAAAUUAAAAUUAAAAUUAUCAUUUAAUAUUCAACAACGUAUUAAAACAAUUAAACCAUUAUUAUGUGUUUCAUCAAAAUUAGGACGAGCAUUAAGUGAAUUAUAUAAUUUACUUGUUAAACAAUGUUCAACAUCACAAUUACGACAUGCAAGACGUUUUAAUCAACCACCAACACCAUAUAUACCAACAGCUGCUGCAAAACUUGUUGCAUCAACAUUAACAGAAGUUUUACGUGAUGGAUUUUUAUUUCAUUUACCAGGAAAUAUUAAUUUAACUGAAUAUCAAAUUGAAAAAUUUCGUUUAACUUUUUUUGUUUGUACAAUAGGUUUUGCUACUCCAAUGUUAUUUGAUGAACGUCGUCGUCCUUAUAUGUUAAUGUUACAACAAUUUGAAUUAUCUAAAGCUCAAGAUGCACUUUUUUCUUCACUUGAAUGGACACUUGGUUUAAUUAAUCGUCAAUCAUUAAUUAAUGAUGAUCAACAAACAUCAACACAACAAAUAAAUAAUAAUAACAAUAAUAAUAAUAAUAAUAAUAAUAAUAAUAAUACAUAUGAUGCAUCACCAACAGAAUUUCUUAAUUCAGCAUUAAUGUUAAUAUUACGUUUAGUUAAUGUUAAAUCUAUACUUGAAACACCACAUUCAAUACCUAAAAAACCACAAACAGAACGUAGUUAUUUUAUUCCAUUUAAUCCAUUACAUUAUUUAGCAUUAACACAUAAAUGUGCAUUUCAUAUAUUAACAAAUUCAUGUUCUGUUCUAUGGGAUAAACCAUAUUUAUUAAAAGAUCAUGCAACAAAAAUUAUUGAUAGUAUAUUAUCAAUAUUUUGUCAUAUAUUACGUGGUGAAUCACAAAUACAAAAAAAACUUCAAGAUGAAGAACAACAACAACAACAGCAACAGCAACAACAACAACAACAACAACAACAACAACAACAGCAACAACAACAAAAUUUACCAACAACAACAACAACAUCAACAACAGCAGCGGCAGCAGCAGCGGCAGCAACAACAUCAUCAUCAUCAACAACUAAUCCAACAAAUGAAAUUAAUCAACAACAACAACAAACAAAUACUGAUACUGAUUUACCUGGUUCAUCAGCAUUAAUACCAAAUAUUUCAACACAAUUAAAUGAAGAUCUUAUACAAUCAAUAACAAUGAUGGGUUUUUCACGUGAACAUGCUAUUGAAGGUUUAUUACAAACAAAUAAUAGUCUUGAAUUAGCUGUUGAUUAUUGUGUUAAUCAUCCACAAGCUGUUAUAACACCACAAACACAAACAAAUCUACCUGAUAUGGAUGCUGAUAUGGCACGUGCUUUAUUAUUAUCAUUAGGACAAGAUGUUGAUGAAACAUCAUUAGCUAAUCCAAUAGCUGCAUUAGCUGCAUUAUCAAGAGAUAAUAAUAAUACUACAAAUGAAAUAAAUUCAAUAUCAUCUACAAAUUUAUCAACAACUAUAACAACAACAACAACAACAACAAAUACUGAUACAACAAUACAAAAUCAAAUAUCAAUUGAAAAUCAACAAAAAUCUUUACCUAUUAUUGAAUCAUUAUCAAAAGAAUCUGUUGAUCGUUUUACAGAUUCAAUUAUGUUAAAAAUUCUUGAUAUAUUACCUGAUACAGUUUAUAAAAUGUGUGAACUUGUUGUAACAACAAUGCAUCGUAAUGGUAUUAUAUGGCGUGAUCAUUUUCUUGAAAUAAUAGCAAACGAUAUAAAAACAAGUUAUUUAAAUUUAAUUGAUUUAUUAGAUAAAAAUUUUUUAAAUCAACAAAAUAAUGAUGAACAAAUAAUAUUAAAUUUUUUAAAUGAUCAUCAAAAUUCUGUUUUAUUUAGUCGUACAUUAUUAAUGUCAUUAUUAUUUGAAGAAAUGCCAUUUCCAUGUGCACGUAUAGCAGAAAAAUUUUCAUUAAUUAAUUAUUUUUGUAUAUUAAUACAUCGUACAACAGAUUAUUUAAUUAAAUUUAAUGAAAAAAAAACACCAACAUGGUUAUCACCUGUUUUUAUAUUUAUUGAUUUAUAUGAAAAAGUUUCAUUAGCAUCAAAACGUCGUUCAAUUAUAAAUCAAAAUUAUCGUAAUUAUAAUCGUGUAUGGCAAUGGUUUGAUGAACGUGCUGUUAAAUGGAAUAAUUAUCCAUUACAACAAAAUAAACAAAUUGAUGAUGCAUAUGCUAAUGGUGAACCAUCAUGUGGUAUACAAGCUAUAUUAAGUUUAACACAAUCAUCAUCAUUUCAAGGUUGUGCAUCAUUAAUAACAUUAAUAUUUCGUCAUAUUAUGGAAGAUGAUAGUAAUUUACGUUUAGCUAUGGAAAAAGCAAUACGUCAAGCAUUAACAGGUAAUCAUGGUGUAUCAAUUGGUAUACAACCAGCAUGUCCUGGUUCACAUGAACUUAAUGUUAUUUUACGUAUACUUGGUCCAGCUAUGACACGUGCACCAGAUAUAUUUCUUGAUGUUGCAUCAAAUGUUUUACAAUUAUUACCACCAUCAACUGGUCGUUUAGCUGGUACAUUAGGUCGUUUUACAAAUCCAUUUUUAACUGAUGAUGAUCAUCAUACACAAACAACAAAUUUACCAAUGGGUCCAUUAAUAUUACAAGCACGACCAGCAACAAGUCAAACAACAACAUCAGAACAAAAUUCACAAAUACGUACAACACGACCAAUAACGACACCAACAACAACACCAACAGCAACAACAACAACACCAACAGCAACAACAACAACAACAACAAAUGAUACAGUUGGAGAAUUAGCUGAACGUUUAUUAGUUGAUUUACUUGAUUUUCUUUUAACCAAUGAUGAUAAUAAUAAUAAUAAUAAUAAUAAUAAUAAUCCAAAACGUUUAUUAUCUAAAUCAACUGUUUUACGUAUAUUAGCUGAAUUAAUACGUUCAUAUGCAAAUGUUGCUAAACUUGUAUCAACAAAAACAUUUACAUUAUCAGAUAAUCAAACAUGUUCAGCAUUAUCAUAUAUACUUGAUUAUUUAUUACCAGGUACAAAUACUCAACAUAUUGAUUAUGAUAAAGAUAUACCAGCAUUAUGUCGUUUAUUUCUUGUUGCUAUGGCUGCAUGUAAUCAUUGUUUAGAAUCACAAAUGAAUUUAGUUAAUGAAGUUAAAAUGUCAUUAAAUAAAAUUUUAAUUUUACCUGAAUGUGAUGAAAAACAUAUGAAAUUACAAGCAUUAGCUAAUAUAAUUAAUACAAUGAUUGAAUCAUGUCCAGCACCAAAUACAUCAACACCACAACAAGGACAACAUCGAAUGUCACAAUCAAUUAUAAAUAAUAUGAUUAAAAUAAUGUAUAAACGUGGUUUAAUUAAUGAUUUAGCUAAAAUGAUUCAUAGUAUUGAAUUAUCAAGUCCGAAAUUAGCUGAUACAGUUAAUGCUGUACUUAAACCUAUGGAAACAUUAUCACGUGCAAUUAAUUAUGCAACAUCAUUACAUGUACAAAGUGGUACACGUCCACAUACAACAAGACAUCCAACAACAAUAAAUCAAACAAAUACUUCAACUACUACUAUUCCAACAACAACAACAACAGAUUCAACAGUACCUAUUCAAGAACAAACAACAAUAAGAAAUGAUGAACAACCAUUACCAUCAACAACAACAACAACGACAACAAUUGAUUCAUCUCGAACUAUUGAACAACAACAACAACAACAACAAGCAUCAAUUAAUUCAACAAUUGUACCUAUACAAGAUGAUAAUCGUUCAUCAAUUGAUAAUAAUACAAAUAUAAAUAAUAAUAAUACAUCAAUUAAUUCAGUUAAUCAAGUUCAAUUAAGUAUAAGUCAAGAAGAAUUAUUAAAUGCAACUGAUAUGGAACCAGUUGCUGGUUUACCACAAGAUGUUGAUAUAUUUGAAAGAAAUAUUCAUGGUACAGCUAGACUUUCAACAGAUGAAGAAGAUGAUGAUGAAGAUGAAGAAGAAGUUAGUAUUGAAGAUGAUGAUGAAGAUGAAAAUGGACCUGUUGGUACAAUUAAUGUUGAAUUUAAUGUUGCACAUCCUCUCGAUGAUACACAUGAACAUGCAUCAAGUUCAAGUUCAACAACAACAAGUGCUGAUCAUGAUGAUGAAGAUGAUGCAGAAGAAACUGAUAGUCCUGAUGAAGAUAUGGAUAUGGAAAGUGCCAAUGGAAAUGAUCGUGAACCACAACAUCGUUAUAGUGAUGAUGAUGAAGAUAUUACUAGUGAAGAAGAAGGUGAUGUUCGUUUAACAGGUCCAACAUCAUCAGGUGAACAACAUGAUGAUGAACAUGAUGAUGAUCUUGAUGAAGAUAGUGAUAAUACUGAAAGUGAUGAAACUCAUACUGGUGAUGAAUUAGAUGAAACUGAAGGUCCUACAAUUGAUAUACAUAUUGAAACAGCAUCAAGUCAAUCAACUGAUGAAAAUUUAACAACAAAUAAUGAAAGAAUAGGUCAAACAAAUGAAACAGAUGAUAAUAUUCAUGAUGAUACAACAAAUAAUAAUAAUAAUAAUCAAGAAGAUGAAGAAGAAGAAGAUGAAGAUGAUGAAGAAGAUGAAGAAGAAGAACAAGAUGAAGAUGAAGAUGAUUUUGCUGAAGAUGAUGAUGCUGCUGCUGAAGAUAUUGAAGAUAUGGUUGAUCGUGAUAUGGAUGCAGCUAAUGCUUGGCAAGAUGAUGAUGAAGAAGAUGAAGAUGAUGAAGAUGAAGAUGAAAGUACUGAAUUUGAAGAUGAUGAUGGUGAUAUAGCUGAUUAUGUUACUGAAAUGGAACUUGAUGAAGAAGUUCUUUCUGAAAUUCGUGUUCGAAUUCGUGCAAGUGGUUAUCCAUCAUUUCAUGGUAUUAAUGAUACAGUUGAUCCAGCUCUUCCACCACCACCAAUCAGUGUUCCAGCUUUACAUCCAUUACUUGUUCAUCAUGCUGAUAAUCAAUUAAGUUCUGGUGCUUUUUCACGUUUUCGUCAAUUAGGUACAGCAACAACAACAACAGCACCAAAUCAAACAAAUAUAAAUGUUUUAUCAACACAAGCAAAUCCAACAGCAACAUUAACAUUUGGUCAACAAAAUGGACCAACAAUGCUUACUGGACAAACAACAUUAACUGUACAACAACAAAUUAAUCAACAAGCACAACGAAAUCGUACAACACGAACAUUAUUUAUUCCAGGUGGUACAGCAACAUUUGGUCGUGCAGCAGCUGGUGGUUUUGCUGAAUAUCUUCAACAUGCUAAUCAACUUGAUGUUGAUCCAUUAACUGGUUCAACAUUAACAACUAAUGGUAAUAUACCUGGUACAGCAACAGCACGUAUACUUGUUGGUAAUGGUGCUGAUUCUGAAGCAUUAAGAUUUUUACAUGAUCAAAUGUUAAUGGAUAUAGCACCACCAACUAAUGAAGGAAAUGAAAAUAUUGAUGGUACGAAAAUUUAUAUGAUACGAACACCAUUAGCACGUUGGAUUGAAGAAAGUAUUGUACUUGAUGGACCAUAUGUACAUGAUACUGUUUUAGCAUUAAAAUCUAAAAUAACUGAACCAUUAGAAAAACAAUAUGAAUCUGAAUUACAAAUUGUUUUAGCUAAAAAAGCUAAAGAUGAUGAAGAACGUAAAAAACGUUCAGAAGAAAAAGCACGAUUAGAUGCUGAACGUGCACAAGCAGCAGCAGCAGCAGCAGCGGCAGUAGCUACAACUGCAGCUACAUCAACUACAACAAAUGAUCAACAAUCAAUAGAAAAUACAACGACAGCAACAACUAGUGAACCACCUAUAUCAAUAACAUCAUUUACUGAUGAUAUUAAUCUUCGUCAAGAUGAAACACUUCUUUCACCACAAUUACAACGUUCUGCACAAUUACAUGCUACUUCUACAACAAAUCAAGAUAUAAAUACAAUUUCUAUACAUCCACCUAAUGAUGAAUCAACACAAAUUAAUUUACAACCAGGUGAAACAUUAGUUACUACUGAUGCUGGUACAAGUCCAUUAACAACUGAAAAUAUGUCUACUGAUGGUCAAUCACCUGGUCAGUUAGCAACAUCACCUACAACAUCAAUGGAAAUAAAUCAUCCAUCACCAGUAAGAGAAAUUUCAACUGAACAACAACAACAACAACAACAAGUAACAAUUGAACCAGAAACAACAUCAACAACAAUGACUGAACAAAUUCCUUCACCAACUACAACUGAACAACUAAUUGCUGCUUCUGAUGUUGCUACUUCUUCUACAGUAACAACAGCACCACCACUAGUUGAACCUGAAGUUGAAUGGACAACAUUAGUUAUUGAUGGUCGUGAAUUUCGUGUACCAAAAGCUUUAGAAAUUGAUCCAUCAUUUUUAGCUGCAUUACCUGAAGAAAUGCGACAAGAAAUUUUAACUGAUCAAGUAAGAAAUUUUGAACGUGAAGAAAAUCAACGACGUGCACAACGUGCUGCUGCAUAUGCUGCAGCUAAUCCAACAGCAAAUUUAAAUACACAAACAAUUGAUGGUAUUAAUAAUGAUAAUUAUUCAUUACGUACAAAUCAAACAACAAGUGAAGCUGUUAUUGGUGAAAUGCUUGGUGAAAUUAAUCCAGAAUUUAUUUCAGCAUUACCACCUGAAAUACGUGAAGAAUUAUUAGCUGAACGUCGUCGUACAGCAGCAACAAUGGCUGCUAUGAAUGGUGUUAAUUUACCUGAUAGUGGUCCAGCAGAAUUUUUACGUACAUUACAACCACAUUUACGUCAACAAGUUCUUGCUGAUAUGGAUGAAAGUCAAAUAGGUGCUUUACCUGAAGAUAUGGCUAAUGAAGCACGUGCAUUACGUGCUGCUAUGGAAACUCAACAACAACAAUAUUUACGUGAACGUAUGGUACGUAAUCAUCAUGAUAUGAUGAAUAUGUUAACAAAUAAUACACAUCAUAGUACACGUCCAAUACGUAUGUAUAAUUUUCGUGCAUUACAAGAAGCACGUAAUAAUCGUACAGAUAGACAACCAACAAAUUGGUAUUCAUUACGUACAGGUACAAAUACAGGUGAAUUAAAUAGUACAACAUCAACAAUAGGUUCACGUGGUCGACAAUUACUUGAUUAUGAAUCAAUAUGUUGUUUAUUAAUAUUAUUAUUUAUUGAUGAUACACGUUUAAAUUUUACACGUUUACAAAAAGUUUUAAAAAAUUUAUGUCAUCAUACACAAACAAGACAAUGGAUUAUAAAAGCAUUAUUAUCAAUUAUAAAUAAAAGUACAGGACGUACAGAAUAUGAUGGACCAUCAACAUCAACACCAGGUGCACCAACACUUAUAUUAAAAAAUUCAACAACUAAUAAUCAAAUACAAACAAUUAAUAAUAUUAAUGAUAUUCAACAAAUAAAAAAUAUUAAUCCAUCAUGGUUAACAAUUAAUUUUGAAAGUGCAUUUGGUGCACGUACAAAUGUUUUUAAAAUUCAACGUAUUGGUAAUACAAAACGAUAUGGUUCAAUACAAAUAUCUGUUCAUGCACAAGCAUGUCCAAUUGUUUGUCGACAAGUACUUGAAUCAUUAAUAAUAUUAGCAAAAAAUUUUCCAGAACAAUUUCUUCCAUUACCAUUAAAUAAUAAUGAACAACAACAACAACAACAACAACAACCAGCAAUAUUAUCAUCAAAUGAACAAACAAUUAAAGUAACAUCACCUGAUAAACAAUUAAUAACAACACCAUCAAAAACUUCUCCAAAUAUACGUGAUUUAUCAUUUUGGGAAUUAAUUCUUAAAUUAGAUCAAUCAUUUAAUAAUCGUUUAUCUCGUUCAUCAACAACAAAUCCAUUACAAAAUAUAUCAUCGAUUGUUAUUACAAAUUCAACAACAACUAAUAAUAAUAAUAUUACUACUACAUCAAUAACUACAACAAAUAAUAAUAAUAAUAAUAAUCAACGAACAACAUUGACAUUAAAUAUAAAUAAUAAUGAAAUUGAUUUUGAAUCAUCACCAUUAGCUGCAUUAUUACUUAUGCUUGAUCAUCCAAUAUUAAAUAAAAAUAAUCAAUUAAUGGAUAAAUUAUUUAAAUUACUUUCAAUUAUAUCACAAAGUUUUCAAAUACAUAUUAUUACUAAAAAAGAUGUUUCACCAUUACCAUUAGCUACAUCAACACCAAUGACAACUGAACCAUCAAAUCAAACAACAACAACAACAACAACAAAUACAAUUCAACCACCACCACCACCACCACAACAACAAACAAAUAAUCAAACAUUAACAACAAAUACAAAUAAUAAAUUAGUUGUAUCAGAUGAUCAAGUUGUUUUAGGUUCACAAUUAGAUUUAGUUAUUAAAGCAUUAAUAUCAAAAUCAUGUACAGAAGAUGGUCUAGAAUUUGCAACAAUACUUCUAUUAAAUAUAUCGAAAAUUAAUCAAGCUACACGAGAUAAAGUUUUACAUUUAUUACUUAAUGGUAUUCGUUUAUUAGGCAAAGAUGUUAGCGAAGAAAUUAAACAAUUACAUUGGGAAGUUCAAGAUUAUUUAUCAAGAAAUAAAUCUACAACAACAACAACAACAACGACAGGCAAUGAUGAUGAAUCAUCAAAUACACCAAUAGAUGAAUCUGUAAAAUUAUUUGAUUCAUAUAGAACUAUACGUUCAAAUACAUUAACAUCAACAACAACAACUAUAGAUCCAAAUAUAAAACAACAAGAUUUACAAUUACCAGCUAUGGUUAUGUUAACAUCUAAAACAGCUAAUCAACAAUUUUUAUUACGUAUACUUAAAGUUAUAAUACAAUUACGUGAAGCAACUAAAAAAGAACAACUUGAUGCACAAACACAUUUUGAAAAUGAAUUACAUACAUUAACACGUCGUCUUGAUACAUUACGACAAUCAUUACGUUCUCAUAUACCAUCAACUGAUAAUAAUAAUCAACAAAAUGAAAUUUUACAACCUAUUGAUGAUUUAUCAAAUCGUUUAGAACAAAUGCGUACACGUUUACAAACAAUAUUAAAUUCAAAUACAAUUGAACAACGUCAACAAUUAUUUUCACAACGUGAAACAAUAAAUGAUAUUCAAGAUAUAUAUCGUUUAAUACGACAACUUGAAUCAUUAAUUGAAAAUUUUCAUGAAUCAUCAUUAACAACAACACCAUCAACAACAACAACAGCAGCAACAACAACAAUGACAACACGUAUAAAUGAUGUUUUACAAACAAUACCACCAUUAUUUCCACAAAUAAUUGAACCAAUGGAUAUUGGACAAUAUUUACCAACACAACAAAUUAAAUUAAGUGAAUUAUUAAAUAUAAAUCAAUUAUGGGAUUCAUUAAGUGAUUGUUUAUUAUCAUUAGCUAAAUUACCUGAUCCACAUGCUGUUUUAGUACUUCAACCAGCUGUUGAAGCUUUUUUUCUUGUACAUGCUGCUGAUUUAGAUAAUGAAAAUGAUAAAACAAAUCGAAAGAAAAAAGAUCGUGAAACACGUGAAGGAUUAUCACAUUUAGAAUGUUUUGGUCCAGCACCAACAACAACAACAUCAGAUGAACAAUCAUCAACAACAAUAACAACAACAACAACAACAACAACAACAACAACAGAUGAUAUAUCAUCAUCAACACCAACACUUAUUUUACGUACAAAUAGUACACAAACAAUAUCAACAAAUGAUUUACCAUUAGAUGCACAAAAAUUUGUUGAAUUUGCACGUACACAUCGUACUGUAUUAAAUCAAAUAUUACGUCAAAGUACACAACAUUUAAGUGAAGGACCAUUUCAUAUAUUAACUGAUUAUACAUCAAUACUUGAUUUUGAUGUUAAAAGAAAAUAUUUUCGUCAUGAACUUGAUCGUUUAAAAGAAAAUAUACGUGGUGAAGAUUUAGCUGUACAUGUUAGACGUAAUAAUGUAUUUGAAGAUUCAUAUAGAGAAUUAAGUCGACGUUCACCUGAAGAUUGGAAACAUAGAUUUUAUAUUGUAUUUGAUGGUGAAGAAGGACAAGAUGCUGGUGGUCUUUUACGUGAAUGGUAUUCAAUAAUAGCACGUUCAAUGUUUGAUCCAAAUUAUGCUUUAUUUAUGAUUAAUCCAGGUGAUCGUGUUACAUAUAUGCCUAAUCCAUUAUCACAUUGUAAUACAAAUCAUUCACAAUAUUUUAAAUUUAUUGGACGUAUUAUAGCUAAAGCUAUAUUUGAUAAUAAAUGUAUGGAUUGUUAUUUUACACGUUCAUUUUAUAAACAUAUACUUGGUAUACCUGUACGUUAUACAGAUAUGGAAUCAGUUGAUUUACAAUUUUAUAAAAAUUUAGUUAUGUUAUUAGAAAAUGAUAUACAUCAAUUAGGUUUAGAUUUGACAUUUUCAUUAGAUGCAAGUGAAUUUGGUGUUAAUAAAGUUAUUGAAUUAAUACCAAAUGGUUCAACAAUAUCAGUAACAAAUGAAAAUAAACAUGAAUAUGUUAGACUUGUUUGUCAAGAAAAAAUGAUUGGUUCUAUACGACAACAAAUUAAUUCAUUUUUAGAAGGUUUUUAUACAAUUAUACCAAAAAGUUUAAUAUCAAUAUUUAAUGAACAAGAAUUAGAAUUAUUAAUAUCAGGUUUACCAGAUAUUGAUAUUGAAGAUCUUAAAGCAAAUACAGAAUAUCAUAAAUAUAGACCAAAUUCUUUACAAGUUCAAUGGUUUUGGCGUGCAUUACGAUCAUUUGAUAAAGAAGAUUUAGCAAAAUUUUUACAAUUUGUUACAGGUACAUCAAAAGUACCAUUACAAGGUUUUGCUAAUUUAGAAGGUAUGAAUGGUGCACAAAAAUUUCAAAUACAUCGUGAUGAUCGAUCAACUGAUCGUUUACCAUCAGCUCAUACUUGUUUCAAUCAACUUGAUCUGCCAGCUUAUGAAAGUUAUGAUAAAUUACGUAAAAUGCUUUUAAUUGCAAUCCGUGAAUGUGCUGGAUUCGGAUUUGCUUAA